UGUGUGGCGAAUGCAGACAUUCGCUGUUCUCCAAACACAUUCCGAACAGUGGGCAGCAAUGUAAAGAGGACUGUGCAUUCACACCAGAGCCACAAGGAACUACAGGGAUCAAACUUUGCAAAAGUUUUGUAAAACUUUCUGGGACUGCACUCCUGUGGGAAGGAAGAAGGAUUGGGAUCAAUUAGACUCACAGAUUUUCAGGGACAGAUUCCAGCAGAUUCCCUUCCUUAUGAAAAAUCAGAUCUUUUCAGUAUUGAAUCGCUGUGGCACAGUGAAGCUUGUUCCAGGAACUUGCUGUUCUCCAGGCAAGACCAGAGCAGGGAGAAGGUGAAGAGGUGACCAGUGAUGAAGAUCUCCUGGUGGCUCUGCAUAUGAGGGACUUUGCGAUGGAUCUCCCUAUUGUGGCGGAGGGGCUCCAGGAGUGAACCUGUUUCGGCCGCGCCUUUCCCAAAUCCCGUCCCUGAUGUGAAGCUCGCUCUCCCUCCAGGAUUGCAGAGCUGGGGGAAGCCAUGGGUGAGAGUGUGGUGACAGCUCGCCAGGACUGUCGGAUGUCUCCAGGGACCUGGGAGCCAUGUAUCCUGUCCCCUGGCCUAGGGCCUUCACACUUGACAGAAGUCGUCAGGGACUUUGCGGAUGCUCUAGACCAAUUUAAGGACGCUCUCCACAUGGAAGCUGAUGUCGCAGUGGAUCAGGAGCUGCUGCACGAGAGGCUGGAGGCCAUGGUGAUGGCCCUGCACGUUGUCCUUGGCCAGUACCCCUCGCUGAAUCAUAAUGACAGUCUCCUGGAAACAGCUGUCUCUGUGGUGGACAUGGUGCAUGGUCUGAAUGAUCAAGGCGAAGGCAAUGAAAAGCCGAAACGUUACAGUGAAAUAUUCCGGGAGCUGGAUGCGCUAGAGAUUUCCUUCGGAAACUCCACAGUCGACCUCUUCAUGAUGGAAACAGAGGACAGCUUCAUUCCCACGGACCCAUCUCCAGAUGAAGAGAUUGCGCAGGUGAACGAGGAUUUCUACUCGGAAUGUCACCAUGACUUGAUCAAGGAGCAGGAUGCAUUCCAAACAAACGUGGAAGACGCCGAUGAAAUGCUGAUGAAGUGUGAAGGAGGUGUCGAAUCAGCCCUUCUAUAUGCCAAACUUUGGGCCAAAUACACAAAGGAACUGCUGUCGUGGAUGGAGAAGCGGAUCUCUGUGGAAAUUGAAUUCUCGAAGAACAUGGUUCGGAUGGCCGAAAUGACCAAGAAUUCAAUCAACCAAGAGAAAUUCAUGCCUUUCCAGUACAUUUAUAUGAUGGCUCUGCAGCAUGACAUCCAACACAGUCAGAGGACAAUUAAAUCCAGGAAUUCACUGCAGCACAAUAAAUAUAUGCAGCCUCUGAUGUUGAGAAGAAACGAACUGGAGAAACAGCGGCGGGAGUUCAAGGAGCAGUGGCAGAGGGAGCAACGUAAAAUGAAUGAUGCAUUGACAGCACUGCGGAAGUCAAGACAGAUGUACCAUCAGCGCUGUGAGGAUUUUGAAAAGGCAAAACAGCAAAGUGCAAAGGCAGAGGAGGAGCAGCAUUCCAUGGUUGUCAGUGGUACUACCCCAGGCAGUGCCAGCAAGCAACUGGAGAAACGCAGGCGGUCAAAGGAUGAAGCACAGAUAAAGGUUCAAGAAGCCGAGCUUCAUUAUAGAAACUGUGUUUACGAGGCCAACAUCAAGCACAAGGAACUGGACACACUGAGAGUGAGGAUUAUUACACAGCUUCGGAAGCUCAUCGACCAGGGUGACCUCAUACUGAAAGAGGUCUCUGUGAACCUGUUUCAAAUGCAGGAGGAACAAAUCGAACAAGUGCCGCUGGCCUUUCACUCACUGCACGAGAACAUCAAGCCUUAUGAGCCUGGCCAGAAAUAUUUUGAGUUUAUUCAGAAUCUGGAUAAGAAGGUGCAGCCUAUGGAGUCCUAUGUGUUUGAGGAGUUUGCUACCCCCAGCAGGAGGUCGUCCCCUACUGGAAGGAGAAGUGGUCCCAUGUUGCUGCGUCGAUCGUCAGCAUCUUCUGGCGACUUGCUGAACUUGUCAGACGAGUUUGAAAACAAACUGAUGUUUCGAAAUGCAGUUGGGACCAAACCAGCCUUAAGCGAUUCAGAAAGCACUGGGGUGAGCAGUGAAUCACGUUCCUUGGAUUCCCCAAUGUCCAGUCCAGCUCAUUUUGGUAGGAAGCUACCAAGAGCCAUGCCUUCUGCAAUAUCUCCAGAUGAAUUUGAAGAGAGAGAUUUGAGCCGAUCGCAUGAUAGUGAUUUGACCGACUUGAUCAAUGAAACUCCAGGAACGGCAGGGCGUUUCAAGAAAAUCUCACUCUCCAAAGCAGCACAGACUCACCGCCUGAGGAAACUCCGAGCACCAAACAAAUGCCGCGAGUGUGAAGGCCUCAUUGUGGUGAAUGGAGCCGAGUGUGAGGAGUGCUACCUGGCGUGUCACAGGAAAUGCCUUGAGUCAGUCGCCAUUAUGUGCGGUCAUCGGAAGCUGCAGAACAGGGUCUCUCUGUUUGGUGUUGAAUUUGCGCAGGCUCCAAGAGAGACAGCUGACGAAGUCCCCUUCAUCAUCAGAAAAUGCACAGCUGAGAUAGAGAGCCGGGCACUGAAUGUACAGGGGCUCUAUCGGGUGAAUGGUUCAAAGAUUCGCAUCUCUAAACUACGCCAGUCCUUCGAAAAUGGAGGGGACCUCAUCGAUAUGUCUGAGAACUCUCCUCAUGACAUUACCAACGUAUUAACUCUGUAUCUUCGAGAGCUUCCCGAGUCGAUUGUUCUCUCCAACCUCUAUAAUGACUUUAUAAACUUUGCCAAAGAGUUGCACCAGGCCUCUGAAGAGCUGAAGGACAGCCAGGCCAAGGGAGUGUCUGCGCCAGCAGAUAAAGUGGCACAGCUCAUCCAGCAGGCCAAGGCUUUGCUACAGAAUCUACCAGUCGCCAACUACAAUGCUCUGGAACACAUCAUUGGGCAUCUCCACAGAGUGACAGAGCAGUGUGAAGAGAACAAAAUGUCGUCCAGCAACCUGGGAAUAAUCUUUGGCCCCACACUGAUAAGACUUCCAGCUAAUGAAGACAUGGCUUCGAUGAUUUCUCUGGUUAACUCUGGGUAUCAGGCUCAGGUUGUGGACUUCCUCAUCGUGCAGUACAAUCAGAUCUUCGAAACUAGACAAGACCUCAAAGCCUGGCCAUCGGAAGUGCCAGCAAAUCAACAGAAGGCGGCCCUGGGCGCGGCCAAGGCCAGGAGCAAUUCCUCUGAGAGUCUGGUUUUGAAAAGAAAUUCGAGUGAAGGAUAUGUUUCGGACAAAUCGUCAUCAAACGAAGCCCUCGAUGAUACAAGGGACCAACGGAGAGCGAGCUCUGGAAGCAGCGACAUGACAGCCUCAGGCCUGGCGGAGACAGCGAGGCGGGUAUCUGAGGAUUCACACUCUCUGGACGGCCAGGACUGGGAAAGCGACGGCAGUACCGAGCCCACGUUACCGCGAAGCAACUUCAGCCGGCAGCCAGGCAAGUACCAGCGGUACGGCCAGGCCAAGACACGGGCCAUCAUCCCCAAGCCCUCGGCACUCCCUAUCAUCACAGCCGGCCUGCCCUCGGCAGCUGUGGUGGGGGACAAGGAGAAUGCCCGGGCUGCCCCCGGUGGCGGCACGGUGACGGUGAUGGCGGCGGCAGCGGCGGCGGCGGUGACCCCGGACACGGAGAGGAGAGCGGCCAGCUCGAGCCGGAGCUCAUCGCCGGACAGCAGCACCCUGCGGCGCUCGGGCGGCAAGCGCAAGCACUUCGAGAUGACGGUUGGGACGGCCCGGCUGGUGUCCAAGUUGCAGGACAGAAGGCGGGUGGACGGCAGCAAGGCCCCUGGCGAGGCCGGUGCUGAGGGGGAGAAGGCCAGCCCGGAACAGCCAGAAGAGGCUGAGGCCCCGGAACGACCUGGAGAGCUGGAGGAUGAGGAGCAGCAGCAGCAGCACAUGGUUAAUGCUGAACUGAACUCAAACCAGUCGAACAAUGUCCGUCGGCAGGGAGAGAAGCAGAGAGACAUCGAGAGGAUGCUGUAUGUGUCCCGCCAAAGGCAGAGCAUUGAGUACAGAGCGGUCCACUUUGUGUGAGCGAGGGGACCAGAGCAGCUUGCGGGGGCGGGGGGGCUGCCUCGUCCAGACACAAUUCUAACACCAUCCACUUGUCUGCUCUCACCGUAAUGACUCAUCGGUGACUAACUGCGAGAAGUAUAGUAAAGAACAUAGAGAGACAGGCUGCCUGGCACCUUGUCAACAAUGUGCAUUUAUAUAGCGCCUUUGACAAUAGGCAACAACAAAAUGAAAAUUGCUGGAAAGGAUCAGCGGGUCUAGCAGAAUCUGGACAGAGAAAUCACUUUAACGUAGGAUUUGGGCAGGGUAAAGAACAUGUUGAGAGGCUGCCUGGUGCUUCAUCAUUUACAUAGGGCCUUUGACAUAGGGUUGGCUGGAGCAAAGAACACAGAGAGGACCUGCCUGGCAACUCAGCAACGAUAUGCAUUUACAUAGCGCCUUUUGACACGGGGAAACGUUCCAAAGUAAAGCAAACAACUGCAAAUGCUGGGAAAUCUGUGACAGAAAAAAAAUCAGAAAGUGCCGGAGAAACUCAGCCAAUCUGGUAACAUCUGGAGAGAGACAUAAAACGGAAUUAACGUUUUGAGUCUGAUGAUCCUUGGUCAGUUAUGAUCAAAUCCCACAUCCAAACUCAAAACAUAAACUGUUUUUUGUUUCGCUGUCCACAGAAACUUCUAGACCUGCUGAGUUUUGCCAGCACGUGCUGUUUUUUACUGAAGCCAGGGUUGCUAAAAGUACUUAUGUAUAUUUUGCAAACAGAUUUCUAUCCUAAAAAUCUCCCUGGUGCAAAGUUUUCCUUGUUUUACCUCAAGCUUUUCAUAUAUAUAUAGUAUAUAUAUAUAUUGCAUUAUUAAGAAUU